AUGGACCUGAGUAAACAACUGGAGAAUACUGAGAGGAACUGGAAUAAAGAGAAGAUGGAAUUGCUGGAGAGAUUUGACAAUGAAAGGAAAGAAUGGGAAUGUCAAUGGAAGGUUAUGCAGAAGAAAAUAGAAGAGCUUUACCAGGAGGUAAAACUUAGAAGGGAGAGCAAUAUGAACUUCCAUGAUAAUAAGGCCAUUCAGAGCAAGAUGCUGCAGCUGUCCUUGCAUUCCCCUCCUUUGGAAGAGAGUGACACAGUGGAGCUGAACUAUCAACACAACGUUGCAAAUGACAGGAUGGAAAAAGGAAGUUUGCUCAGUAAAACAGGACAUGAAUGUAAAGAAACCAGAGCCAAGAAUGGAAAUAAUACUCUGUUAAUGAACAGUCUGGCCUUUGAGAACUGUCACGAACCUGAAGACAGCCUCAGCAUCAAAACUUCCAAGAAAAAUGCCAAGAAUUACAUUGGUGAUCUCAAUAUUGCUCUCAAAGAACUUGCCAGAGUCAGUGAAGAAUUAUGCAGCUAUCAAGAGGAAAUUCGAAAGAAGUCCAACCACAGAAGAAUGAAGUCACUUCCUUUCCUGGGGGAAUUUGAGGAAACCCAAAGCACAGUUAUUCUGCCUGAGAUGAACCAUGUGUCCAGCAAUGAAUCACAGACUUCAGUUGCUUUUGAAACAGAGGAACAUAAUAAUAGGAAGAAUCUGAUGAGCUCCACCAAGGCUUUGAAGGACAUGUCUUAUGGUGUUCUUACUGGUGACAGAGGAACAGACUUCAGAUCUUGGCAAAAGAAAGAAGCUCCACCAGUUCCUCCACGAAGUACUUCUCGGCACCUAACAAACUCACUUUCUGCAGUUGUACAGCUUUCUGAAGCUCCAAUAAGAGACACAGGCAUCAAAAGCAAUUGCAAGGCUCAGGACUGUUGGAGUGGAGGGAAACUGAUGAAUCCUUCACCUAUAAACCAGAAUGAAACUGCAGCAGCCUUUGCAAAUGAAGGGCAGGCUGUGAAAGGUCCUGUGAUGGCAACUGCUGCAAUAUGUGUAGCCAAAAAUGAGUGCAAUGUACCAACGAGUUUCUGCCACAACACAUGGGCAUAUGAUGUGGGCAAACUUGGAAAAGACAAUAGAAGUGAACCUUCCCCACUGUCAGCCCAUAAGAGUUGUUCAGAUGGAAAUAUGGCCCAUAGCAACAAGAUGCACCAGAAACAAAAUCCCAAGUCUCACAGCAGCCCUUAUUACAGUAAUGGCUUUUAUGCCCCUUCUACCCUGCACAAUGAUCUUUUGGAAGACUCUAGGUAUACUUCGGGAAAGACCCAGAGAAAUGAAACUUUAGCAGCAAAGAUUGAUGAGUUUAACCGGACUGUAUUUCACACGGAUAAACGUAACAAUGCUUUGCAAGCAAACCAGGUGCCUCAAACAGCAUCAGAAGAUCACAAACCCUGCAGCCCACUGUGUGACUCUGCUAUUAGCAGGACAGAAACUCUAAAUACAUCUUGUGUUUCAAAUCCCAAAUUCUCUGCAGCAAAAGAGCAAGAGACUGGCAACCCUAGCGAAGCUGUCAGAACAGCAGGGCAACAAAAGCCAAUAAAUGGACUUCCAAAUACUAGUGGUUAUAGGCACAUGCUUCACGAGCAUGACUGGAGACCAAGUAAUUUAUCCGGUCGCCCGCGGUCAGCUGACUCAAGGUCGAACUAUGGUGUUGUUGAAAAGCUUUUGAAGAACUAUGAAAAAUCAACAGCGACUUCUCUGUGUAGUGCAAAAUGCUGCAAAGAGCAGUGGACACGAGCAAAUUCUGAAUUCACCGAUGGGGAUUGUGAGACAUUGAGUCAGUAUUUAGAAAUGCUCCAGAUUGAGCAAGGAAAGCAAGAAUUUCCGAGGAAUUCAGCCAGGCAUAUUGGGCAGCAAGUCAAGCAAGGAAAAGAGAGGCAGAAGUUACGAGAGCUUCAGACCACCUGUUCUGAGGUCACCCCAAAUGUCUUCCUACAUUCCCGCUGCAUUCCACAAAAGCCUUAA